AUAGCCCUGGGAGCCUGGUGCGAAGGUAGGGGUGGGGAGGCCCCAGGGCGCUGCCGCGGCUCUCCUCGCCGUCCGUCCCUCAGGCGGGACAGGACCGGGGAGGGUGGGGAACAGCUGGUUAUACAUUCAGACCCUCAGUGCUUUGCUAUCUCACUGCCGGGGCUCCAGAACCGCAGCAAGUUUCUGGUAACCCUUGCCGCUGCCGCUGAGGCUGGGCAAAGCCAGGACCGCGCCGCCCCGCGCUGGGAUAUGGAGCUGCUGUCGCCGCCGCUCCGCGACGUAGACUUGACGGGCCCCGACGGCUCUCUCUGCAACUUUGCAACAGCGGACGACUUCUAUGAUGACCCGUGUUUUGACUCCCCGGACCUGCGCUUCUUCGAGGACCUGGAUCCGCGCCUCGUGCACGUGGGCGCGCUCCUGAAGCCUGAAGAACACUCGCACUUCCCAGCAGCCGCGCACCCGGCCCCGGGCGCGCGCGAGGACGAGCAUGUGCGCGCGCCCAGCGGGCAUCAUCAGGCGGGCCGCUGUCUACUGUGGGCCUGCAAGGCGUGCAAACGCAAGACGACUAACGCCGACCGCCGCAAGGCUGCUACCAUGCGCGAGCGGCGCCGCCUGAGCAAAGUCAACGAGGCCUUCGAGACGCUCAAACGCUGCACGUCUAGCAACCCAAACCAGCGGCUGCCCAAGGUGGAGAUCCUGCGCAACGCCAUCCGUUAUAUCGAAGGCCUGCAGGCGCUGCUUCGCGACCAGGACGCCGCGCCCCCUGGCGCUGCCGCUGCCUUUUACGCGCCUGGCCCAUUACCUCCCGGCCGCGGCGGCGAGCACUACAGCGGCGACUCGGACGCGUCCAGUCCGCGCUCCAACUGUUCCGACGGCAUGAUGGACUACAGCGGCCCCCCGAGUGGUGCCGGGCGGCGGAACUGCUACGACCGCACAUACUACAGCGAGGCGCCCAACGAACCCCGGCCCGGGAAGAGCGCUGCGGUGUCGAGCCUCGACUGCCUGUCCAGCAUCGUGGAGCGCAUCUCCACCGAGAGCCCCGCCGCGCCCGCGCUUCUGCUGGCCGACGCGCCGCCGGAGUCGUCUCCCGGCCCGCAGGAGGCGGCCGCCGGGAGCGAGGUGGAGCGCGGCACCCCGGCCCCUUCCCCCGACACCGCCCCUCAGGGCCUCGCGGGCGCGAACCCCAACCCGAUUUACCAGGUGCUCUGAGUGGUUGGGCGGCCGCAUCGAGGGGGCGCCGCUGCCCAUGGGCCCGAGGGAUGGUGCCCCUAGGGUCCCUCGCCCCCAAAAGAUUGCGCUUAAGUGCCAACCCCCCUCCUCCCAACAGCGCUUUAAAAGCGACCCUCCCGAGGCAGGAGAGGCAGGGGAACUGUUGUGUUUCCGCCUCCCGCACGCCAGGGCAAGGACAAGGUCCUUCCCCAUCCCCCCCCCCCCACCCCACUACCCCCACUCAGCGCUGUUCCCUGAGACCCGCUGUGGUGGCCGUUUGAUGUUACUCCGUGGGCCGGAGCUGACCCUUGAGGAGCCGGGCCCUUCCUCUUUCUCGCCCCCUCCCCCAUGGGGGGUGGGACCCACGCAGGCCUAAGCCCCGCCCCCAAGACCCCCGACCGCUUAAAAGGGCGUGCCCCUCCUUUCGGGAGCCCCCUGGGGACUUCAGCUGUUUCCCGCCGCUCCCUUCCCAAGUGUAACAAGUGUAACGGUAACCACUCCCAACCCCCACCCCCCACCCCCGGUUCAGGACCACUUUUUGUAAUACUUUUGUAAUCUAUUCCUGUAAAUAAGAGUUGCUUUGCCAGAGCAGGAGCCCCUCGGGCUGUAUUUAUCUCUGAGGCAUGGUGUGCAGUGCGACAGGGACUUUGUAUGUUUAUACGGCAGGCAGGCGAGCCGCGGGCGCUCGCUCAGGUGUUCGAAAUAAAGACGUUAAUUUAUAC